AUGGAUAAAUUUAAUUACGAAUUAGUAAAAGAAUUUCCAAAGCAUAAUGAAAAUUUAAAAAAUAACGACCUAAUUCGGGGUUUAGAAUAUAAGUAUUGCUUUCCUAAUGGAGGUAUUGGGGGAUAUAAUAAUAUAUAUCUUAAAUUCUCAGAAGAUAGAUGCAUGAAAGCCUUGUCAUUUGCAUCAAGAAUAAAACCGAAUUAUAAUAUUGAAUAUGGAUAUUGGGAAGAAGCAAAUUGUUUUUUCUUAUAUUAUUGGCUGCAUAAUGAAUUUAAUGCUAAUGGUAUAAGUCAAUAUACAAGCAAUAUUUAUAAGGCAUUGUUUAAUGCACUACAUAAAAAUUCUAAUAACAUAUGCAGAUAUUACAAGUAUAAAGUAAUUUUAGAAGAAGAAUUCACAAAACUCAACAACUUAUAUGACAUUUAUAAAAAGAUUCAAUGCAUAGAAAAUUCAUGUUCAACUUGCAAAAAUAAGUGCGAUUGUAUUAAUGAAUGUUCAAAUAAAUAUGAAAGCUAUAAUAAAACCUGUAACUCUAGUAGGGAAUGUUCUUAUUGUGAGGCAUUAAACAAUAUUAAAAAUGAAUUCAUCAAUCUACAAAAAUUAAAUCAUGAUUGUUUUAAUGUUAAACACAAAGAGUUACAUAGUAAAAAAAUUGAAAGGAAAAAUAUAACAUCCACCAGAAUUAGUAAAAGAAAAACUGCUAUAAUAUCAACUAUACUAAUAUUAAUAAUACCCGCUUUAUUAUUUAUAAUUUAUAAGUUCCUUCCAUAUAAUUCAUGCUUGUAUCGUAAAAUAAAAAAGAUAAUAAAUAGGUGCCCUGGUUUCACGGAAGAAUGGCGUAAAACGGAAAACUCAGAAAUAUAUAACAAUAUAUUUUGUAAUAGUAAUUAUAAUGUCUUAUAUAGUUCCCAUUAUAUUGACGAUUAA